AUGCAUCAAGCCAUACAAGGAUGUAAUGGAGCAAGAACUUGGGAGGAAUUCAAGAAGACUCUGUUGAGAUCACGUCUCAUCCAGAAGCGCUGUGACCUGAUGAAGAAAUCUUGUGCCUGCAAGAUUUGCGGAGAAAUAGGGCACACCCAUGAAGAACACAAGGAUGGAAGCCCUCAUUGUGAGAAGAAUCACCCAGCCGAAGAAUGCCCCACUAGGCAGGUGACUUGUUUCUUGUGUCAAGGGACUACGCACUACCCUGCUCAGUGUCAUAUUUACCCGAAGGUACGAGAGAUUACCAAGCAGCAGAAACAAGCCGUGAAAGAAACCCUCAAGGAAAAUUCAGAAGAACCUGCGAUGAAGGAAGUUAUUCAAGACCCUGAUGGUGAUGGCCUAAACAGAUUUUUCGCCCAAGCCUACUAUUCAUGUGGAGAAGAAGGACAUUUUUCAGAGUAUUGCACAAAGGAAAGCCGAGAGUAUCUCGAAGACUUCCCGGCAGCAGAAGUGAAGUUUGACCCUCGAGAAAUAGAAGCUCCGAUCAUUAUGGAGAUAUCCAGGAAGAGAAAACGAAGGCACCCCCAGAACAACCCAAUUUCUGCAGAAAAAGACCUGGGUUCUAUCCCCUCUUUCAAGUGCAAGACCUUAUGUCACUAUGCCAAUAUGUGUCCGGAGAAGAAGCCAGAGAAGGAACCAAGAACCCAAAAAGCAGACACCAUCCCCAAGAAGCCCAAGGACUUAUCGGAAGUCAUCUGUUUUCGCUGCAAGGAAGCCGAACAUUAUGCUGAUGAAUGUCCCUACAACAAGGAAGCUGGAGUUGAGUAG